GAGGGCAUGGAUAGUGGAAAAGAGACGAGCAUGAGUCAGUAACCGAGUCUGCAAAAGGUGUGGGAGCAGAGGAAGUGUUAACAACAUCACAAGUAGGAGCAAGUCAAGUUACCACGUCAGGAAGCAAGAAAGGGCCUGAGAGUAGGAUGAUGGUAGGAGCCCGAGACGUGAUGGGACACAUACAUCUUGAUCAUUUAAUCAUGUGAAGCGAGUGAAGGGACUUGUUCAUCCUCUUAAUGCUGUCCACGCUGAGCUGGAAUGUGUUACCUCUCCUCUUUACGUGGCUGCCUUUUAUUAGCAGCCUGUAAUGAGUAGCCCCCUGUGUGAAAAGCCAACAAGGAGGGAGUUCAAGGAUAAUAAGCUACAGCAUGUGUGACUCUGUCCAACACUUGUUGCCUUCAACUUGGUCUCCAAACACACAAAAAACUCCCGAUUACCAACAAAAACCUGCUCAUUUUAUCAGAUAAUGCCAUCUUGUGUCUUUUAGACAGAAAUGUUUAACUUUUCACAAGUUUUUGCUUCAUUCUAAUCUGCUCUGACAAAUGAGUGGGUUUGAUUUCAGGUAGUAGGAAAUGUGUCACGUUUUUAUUAUCAUAGCCAUGAAGCUUCCGGGAUUGAAUCAGUGCGUGAUGCACCACGGGAAAAGGGGACCACUGCAGUGGUAGACUUUUUGGGGGCGUUGCAAGAUAAGUCAUAAUUGGUGACAUCGUCAGCAAAAAGAAAGAAAAAAACGCACCACCCACGCUGCGUAAUUUCCAUAAACUCUGACCAAAAAAGAAAAAAAAAUGGGGUAAAAUACCAACAAAAUGACACUUUUCUCUCUAGAAAGUUUGGGAUGUUGGCAAAGAGUCAGUCAAAUAUCACCUAUUACUCAUGUUACUUAGUACAUUUGGGGCUCCACUUGAAAGCACAGCGCUUCGUCACUGCAUAACAAUCAGAUGGCUGAGUGUUGGCAGCGCAAGUGAUGGAAUUUUACUGAAAACAGAUUUCGCCUUUGAACUUCCAGAUAUUGCUGAUCCAGAAAGGGUCACACCUGCCUUUCCACUCAGCGGUCGGUGCAAUUACGCCUCUUGAGGACGUGGAUUAACUUUUCUCCCUUGCAAUUUUUUGGGGGGUAAUUUGGUGUCGGAGGGGGCAAACAAAAGAAUUACGCAGCAUUUCCAGCAAUUUCCACCAGGUUAGAAGAGUGAUGACCAUCCUGUUCCUUACUAUGGUUAUUUCAUACUUCAGUUGCAUGAGAGCUGCGCCCCUGAGAGAUGCCCCGGGCAUGCGGGGCCAUCGGACGGAAGGCUACCUGGGCGCCGCUGCGACGGCCGUUCGAGGCCACGGGACUCCGCAGAGCGGCGGCGGGCCGGGCCAGCGCGGGGAACUCCCCUCACUCACAGACACAUUUGAGCAAGUGAUAGAAGAGCUGCUGGAGGUGGAGGGAGAGGCGGCGCAGCUGGGACAGGGGGCGGAUAAGAGCCAGGCAGGCGGGGGCCCGUCACCUGUGGUCGCCACAGAGACCAAGGAUGUCGACCUGUACAAUUCGCGGGUGAUGAUCAGCAACCAAGUGCCUUUGGAGCCGCCGUUGCUCUUUCUCCUGGAGGAAUACAAAAACUAUUUGGAUGCCGCUAACAUGUCCAUGAGGGUGCGGCGGCACUCCGAUCCAUCGCGGCGGGGAGAGCUCAGUGUGUGUGACAGUAUUAGCCAGUGGGUGACGGCUGUGGAUAAAAAGACGGCAAUAGACAUGUCUGGGCAGACGGUUACCGUCAUGGAAAAGGUCCCUGUCCCCAACGGCCAACUGAAGCAAUACUUUUAUGAGACCAAAUGCAACCCCAUGGGGUACACAAAGGAGGGCUGCAGAGGAAUAGACAAGCGGCAUUAUAACUCCCAAUGCAGGACAACCCAGUCCUACGUGCGAGCACUCACCAUGGAUAGCAAACGGAAGAUUGGUUGGCGGUUUAUAAGGAUAGACACUUCCUGUGUAUGCACAUUGACCAUUAAAAGAGGGAGAUAGUGUAUAAAAUGUAUAGAUUUUAUUGCAGAGUUUAAAAAAGAGAAUAAAGAGAAAAUAUCUAUUUGUAUAUAUACAUAACAGGGUAAAUUAUUCCGUGAAAAAUUUUAUGAACUGCAUGUAAAAAAAGAUGGUUUAUACAGUAAAGUGAUACUACAGUCUAUUUAUUGAACAUAUUCAUGACCUUGUAAACAAUUAAAAAAAAUCUGAUGAGUCUUUUUGCGCCCAGUUUAAAUUACUAUAUCACUUGACUCAAGACAUUGUGAUUUGUUUACAUUGCCAAGAAUUAGAAAAUGAAGGGAUAAGAUUAAAAAACAAGGGCAAGGAAUGAAGGAAUGAGAGAGGACAGUUCCAUCUUCAAAAGCUUGCAUGCUGCUUCAAUUGUGAAUUGAGAAAUAUCCACUAAAAAAAAGGAUAUGAUGCUGACCAAAAAAAGAAUAAAAAAAA